CGGGCCCGCGGGACGGGGACGGCGCGAUGGGGGCGGCCAGGCUGCGACUGCUGUGCGCCGCGGUGGCACUGGUGUGCGCGGCACCGCCGGGGCGUCCCGGCGCCGCGCUGCCCGCGGGCGAGGGGGACGCGUACGGGGUGAAACUGUGCGGCCGGGAGUUCAUCCGCGCCGUCAUCUUCACCUGCGGCGGGUCCCGCUGGAAGCGGCUCUCCCUGCUGGCGGUGGAUCCGGCGCCCGCGGCCGGUGCUGCGCAAACAGCAAGUAACAAACUACUUGGAAGCUUCAACCUGCAAUCAGUUUUAGAUCCUGAAGUGGAACAGCUGCAGAGAAGCAGCCCGGUUCUUGGAUGGGAGACAUUUAAGGACUUGUAUAGUUUAAAUUACUUUAAUGAAUAUGUACCUGUGGCAGACAACUUCAAAGAACUUGUUCGCCAGGUAGAGGAAGUUGAUCAAAAGGACAGGGGAGGAACAGGAAAUGCAAAUCCCAUGGAAUCAAGCAGUUAUCUUUGGGCCAGGUUUCCAAGAAGAAAACGGGAGUCUCUGGGUUUGGCAGGAAUGUGUUGCAAAUGGGGCUGUACAAAAGCUGAAAUCAGUACUAUAUGUAGAGUUUAAAAUUCUCUCUGCACUUAUGCAUGCAAUCAAUGUUUGUUGCAGUGCUGUUUGAUUGAAUACUGUACGGAGGAAGAAAACUCUCACUGUAUUUUAUCUUGUCUGUAUGUGCCAGUCAAUAUUGCUGGUUUUCUUUAAAAAAAAAACCACAACAAAAAAACCCACAGAUGUAAUUGCAAUGACUUUGUUUUGCUGCAGUAACUUCUAAUCUACAUUUUUUACUAAGUCUUUUCAUUUUAUUGUUGAGCCUUAACACUUAUAUUACAGAUGUAUUAUAUCUUUGUAACACUUUAGGAAGAAUUUCAGUAUUUCAUUAAAAUGUAAUUAUACUAA